UUUUCUGCAAGAACUUGCGCCCAAGAUGAGGUUUUAACAGUCUCGGUACCUGGCCAAUCUGCUGACCACUCCCUUCAAACUGUGUUCAAUAGCAAUGGUGGUGACACUUAUGCUUGGGCGUUCAAGGCUAUGUCCAAAGUUGUUAAGGUCACAUUUCACAACCUUGGGGUUCAGGAGGAUCCCGCUUGUGGGGCCCUACUGGAUGCUAUCGCAAUCAAGCAGAUACUUCCUAUCAAGUAUGUAAGGGGUAAGAUUUGUGAAAAUGGUGGGUUUGAAAUAAGCCCUCAUGUGUUUAUGAACUUCACAACCGGAAUCCCUCCCAAGGUAAAAGACAUGUACUCACCACUACCUGGAUGGAUCAUUGAGUCCUUGAAGCCUGUCAACUAUAAUGACAGUAAGCAUUUCUCAGUUCCGGGGGGACUUGCAACCAUCGAAUUGGUUGUAGGGAGAGAAAGUGCAAUUGCUCAAAUUAUUAGAACCGUCCCAAACAAAUUCUACAACCUUAUCUUCACCAUCGGAGAUGCAAAGAACAGUUGCUACAGAUCGAUGAUGGUGGAAGCCUUUGCUGGCAAGGAAACCCUAAAAGUUCCUUUUGUGUCUGAAGGAAAAGGUGGCUUCAAAACUGCAAUUCUCAAGUUCCAAGCAACUUCAUUCAGAACAAGAUUAACAUUUUACAGUGUCUACUAUCGCACAAAACUUGAUGACUAUGGGUGUAAGUUCGAAGGUUCUUCCAUUGUGCAAGGAAGAAUUUUAUCAGAAGAAGAAGAUUUUGGGCUGUUUUAUCCUGGGGACGAUGUGGUGUUUGGGAACUGCUUGCACACUUUGGACAGAGCCGCGAAACGUCUUAAAGAGAGCUUUUCAACAAUUUUAAGACAUAUUCAAUCUACCAUGCAUUAUAAGGCAAACUCUAUUUCUCAGGUAAAUCUUGUUGAAGAGCAACUGAUUGCAAUGAUAUCAGAAAUCAACGUAGUUGAUGGAUCCAAGGGAUGGUGGGUGGACACUGGCGCUUCUUGCCAUGUUUGCUAUGAUCAUUCCAUUUUCAAGACAUAUUCUGUAGCUGAGGGAAGGAAGGUGAUGUUGGGUGAUUCACACUCAACCGAUGUUGCUGGUACUGGAGAGUGA